AUGGCGAGUAACCACACGUCGACAGCCGCAGUGCAGAACGGCGACGGUGGUAGCUCGAUAUCUAAGGACUAUGAUCUAUCCCAGCCCAUUACCUCGACGUCCGGGCUUCGCUCCGGCCUCACUUCAUAUGGCGACGCUCAUUUCUCACUGUUUCUUAGAAAAGUCUUCAUCAAAGCCUUAGGGUAUUCGGACUCGGCACUGUCUUCGCCCAUCAUCGGCGUCAUCAACACCUACUCCUCAUUCAAUCCUUGUCAUUCUAAUGUCCCCCAACUCAUCGAAUCGGUCAAGCGAGGGGUAUUGGCAUCCGGAGGGUUACCUGUCGAUUUCCCGACGAUCAGUAUCCAUGAGAGCUUUGCCAGCCCGACCAGCAUGUAUCUGAGGAAUCUGAUGAGUAUGGACACGGAGGAAAUGAUCAAGGCUCAGCCGGUAGAUGCUGUGGUCAUGAUAGGUGGAUGUGACAAAACAGUCCCAGCCCAGUUGAUGGGCGGCAUCUCUGCAAAUAAACCCGUCAUUCCUCUCAUCACAGGCCCAAUGAUGCCCGGCUCAGUGGAAGGGGUCAGGGUAGGAGCUUGCACGGACUGCCGAAGCUAUUGGGCACGGUACCGAGCUGGCGCCGUGGACCUGGAGGACAUCAUGUCCGUCAAUGAGGAACUGGCACCCACAGGAGGCACAUGCGGCGUGAUGGGCACCGCGUCGACUAUGGCUUGCAUCACGGCAGGCCUGGGACUGCUUGAACUUAAAUCUGGUGCCACCGCCGCCGCUGUGAGCUCGGCCAGACUGAGAGUCGCUGAGCAGGCAGGUCGUAAUGCAGUGGCCAUGCUCAAGAAGGAAGGAAUGCGACCACAAGAUCUUCUUACACGGGAGAGCUUUCUCAACGCCAUUAUCGUUCUCCAAGCCAUUGGUGGGAGCACGAAUGCUGUGGUGCAUCUGCUGGCCAUUAUCAACCGACACCCGAAAGUGGCUGGCACUAUUGACCUCAAUACGUUUGACGAGAUUGGCAGGAAGACGCCGUUGCUGGUUGACCUAAAGCCCAGCGGUGACAAUUACAUGACAGACUUCCACAACGCAGGUGGCAUGUUGGCACUGAUGCAUACACUAAGGCCAUUGUUACACCUCGGUGCAAGGACUUACUCUGGUCAGACCCUGGGCGAGCUUCUCGACACCACUCCCUUCAAGUCGUUCCAAUACUCCAGGCAGAUUGUUCGGUCUCUUGAAGAUCCACUCUACCCUAGCUCGAGUUUGGUGGUCUUGCAUGGCAACAUCUGCCCACAAGGGGCUGUCAUGAAAGCCUCUGCCUCAAAGGAUCGGAAGCUCUUGCACCACCGUGGCUCGGCCUGCGUGUUCGAAAAUACUGCAGACAUGAGCCAACGUAUCGACUCCCCAGAUCUGGAAGUUGAUGCGAACUCGGUAUUGAUCCUCAAGAGUAUUGGUCCGGUCGGCAACCCGGGAAUGCCCGAGGCUGGACUGAUCCCUAUCCCUCAAAAGCUGGGGAAACAAGGCGUGACCGACAUGUUGCGGAUCAGUGAUGGGCGAAUGAGCGGCACUGCUGGUGGCACAAUCAUAUUGCAUAUAUCACCAGAGUCCGCGGACCUUGACUCGGUCUUUGGUAUUGUACAGACGGGUGAUAAGAUCAUUUGCGACAUCGAGAAGAGGAAACUACUGCUGGACGUAGAAGACCAGGAGAUCGCUAGACGUAUUGCUGAUCGCAAAGCGCGGUCCCAGGUCGCCUCCUCUUCUGGACCUACUGACGGACAAAUGUCUAACAACUCAGAACCUUGGGUGGAGAGAGCUGGCCGGAGAGGUUAUCGAGGCCUCUACGAGCGGGAGGUCAACCAAGCACACCUUGGCUGCGACUUUGGCUUCCUUACAGCCCAAGGUCCGUUAGGCCAUUGA